AUGAGCAAACCAUCUGUGCCCCUUCACCCCCGGCUCCUGGCAACUCCUCCAUCGAAACCCUCGUCACUGCGGGAUCUGGUCUCCCGCAGCAAGCACGAAUUCGAGGUGGCCGAACAACAACCCACGGCCAGAUUCACCCCAUCCACCUCCGACGACCCACCCAUUCCGCCAAUCCCCCAGAUAUCCCCCAACACAGUCCUCUCUGCCCCGAACCAAGACCAGCACGAACCAGCCAGCCCGUCACUCGCACCUGUCGACCCGGCCGAACCAUCACCGCCGUCUCCAACCGAGCCGAUACUGAGACAGGUCCUGGGCAGGAGGAGACGGGCCUCCAACGACGACUACGGGCCUUCGGCACCUGGGGCCGAGCUUACAGAAGCUUCGGCUUCUCGGAAUAUAUCCACCUCGCACCAGCGUACGGCGAAACGCAGGCGUGCUGACGAUACCAUGUUGGCAGACAACGAUGGAGCUGCGACGUCAAAUGGGGCUUCGCGGGCCUAUUCGAACGGCAAGUCACGUCAGCAGACGUCGCCGUCGUCCAGCGCCAACGGAACACAAAAACCCGCCGUCUCAACCAACGGCGCUUCCAAGCCUAGACAACCCGAGACGUAUUUAGGCCAUGACCGCGAAGAGGUCACCCGGAUACUGAUACAAGCCCUGUCAGAUAUGGGAUAUCAUACGGCUGCACAGAGCGUCAGCAGGGACAGCGGCUACGAGCUGGAAAACCACACCGUUGCGGCGUUCAGGAAUGCCGUACUCGACGGAGCCUGGGACGAUGCCGAAAGGUUACUCACCGGAGCAAGCUCCUCGAACGGCCGCCAAAACCAGACCAGCAACGGUCUGAUGCUCACCCACGACGCAGACCGAAAUUUGAUGAGAUUCUGGAUACGGCAGCAGAAAUACUUGGAGCUUCUAGAACAAAAGCAGACGCCACGGGCCCUGGCAGUUUUGAGAAACGAGUUAACGCCCUUAUCCCAAAUAUCGUCAAGAUUACAGCUCCUCUCCAGCUUGUUGAUGUGCGACGGCCCGGAGGACCUCAAGUCGAAAGCGAGCUGGGACGGUGCGUACGGUCAGUCUCGGCAGGUGUUGUUGUCCCAAUUAUCAAAAUCUAUAUCGCCAUCUGUCAUGCUCCCUGAGCAUCGGCUGGCCGUCUUGCUCCAUCAAGUCAAGGAGAGCCAAAUCGGUAUGUGUCUGUUCCAUUCGAGCGCGGAAUCGCCGUCUCUCUACUCGGACCAUGUAUGCGAUCGGCGGAAUUUCCCCUCGCAACCCGUCAUUGAGCUCGAUGACCACUCGGGCGAGGUAUGGCAAGUGGUGUUCUCGCACGACGGGACCAAGCUGGCUAGUUGUGGCGGCGACAAGCAGGUGAUCAUCUGGGAUGUUCCGUCGUUCAGGAGGCUUCAUCACCUCGCCGAUCACGACGGCGGAGUGGGAAAUGUCGCGUGGAGUUGGGACGACUCCAUGCUCGUGACUUGCUCUCAGGAUAGGUUUGCACGGGUGUGGAAUGCAAAUACGGGGGCCCUCAUCAAGACACUUGAACGGUUUCAAGAGCCAGUCAGUAGUUGCGUAUGGGCUGCAGACAAUGAAAGUUUUAUCACCGGUUCGCUGGACAGAUCACGUGGCCUCUGCCAGUGGGAUUUGGACGGUGAGAAGGUUUUCGACUGGGCUACGUCCUUCCGGGUCGAAGAUUUGACUGCAUCACCGGAUGGGCGGUGGCUCGUCGCUAUGGAUGACAGGAACCACAUUCACGUCUACAACCUCCUGACGCGUGAUCUGGAAUACUCGAUCGAUCUGCGGACGCGGUUGACAUCCGUCAGCGUGAGCGCAGACUCGCGAUUCCUGCUCGUUAACCACCAGAGCGGUGUGGCCGAGUUGUUUGACCUGGCGAGCAAAGAACAUGUGCAGACGUAUACGGGCCACACCGGAGGUAUGUAUAUGAUUCGCAGCGCGUUCGGUGGAGCCAGCGAGAGUUUUGUCCUGAGCGGCAGCGAAGAUGGCUAUAUCAACAUCUGGCAUAAGGCCUCAGCUGUGACGGUAGACAGAUUGGCCGGCCAUCAGCCAAGGACCAACUCAGUCUCGUGGAGCCCCACGGACCCGUGUCUCUUUGCCUCCUGUGGCGAUGACGGGAAGGUCAAGAUAUGGUCCAACGAUGAAUGGUUACGAAGACAUAGCCAGGAAUUCUCCAGGGAUUCGAACGGCUGGCAUGGACAGCCGAUGGACUAG